AAAUAGUCUAAAAAUCUUUUAGAAAUGGAAGAAAAGCCAAAACAAAUUUAUGUAGAUGAUUUCAUGUCUGAUGAGGAGGAUAGCUCCUCCUCUCCUGCCAAACAGACGCUUGACAAGAAGCAAUAUGAGGAGAACAAAUCCAAGUUUGAUAUUAAGAAGCUUAUAUCGGCUUUUAUACUGAAGAAAGAAUAUUUUAUUUCUCAUAAGACCACUAGUAUCUUUGAUGAUUAUGAUUUUAAUGAGAAUCCAAUAGGUCAAGGCUCUUUUGGGAUUGUUUAUAAAGCUCAUGAGAAGCACACAGGGCUGAUCAGGGCUAUUAAGCAAGUCAUGAAUGAUAAUAUUAAGAAUUACGAUGGCUUUAUGGGCGAAGUUGCUGCUCUUAAGACUCUUGACCAUCCUAACAUCAUUAAACUCUACGAGGUUUAUGAGGACAAGGAGUGUGUGUACCUUGUUCAAGAGUACUGUGAAGGAGGCGAGCUCUUCUACCACAUUGUUGAGAACGAAAACCUUGAUGAGAGAGAAGCAGCAAGAAUUUUUCAUCAAAUAACAUCAAGUAUUCUUUACUGACAUAAAAAUUGCAUCUGCCAUCGUGAUUUGAAGCCUGAUAAUUUCAUGCUUGCGAGUAAGGAAAAGGGAAGUAUGGUUAAGCUAAUAGACUUUGGCCUAAGUAGAUCAUUUUAUAAAAUCAAAGAAGAAGGAGGAGAGAUGCUAAGAAUGGAAACUAGAGCAGGAACUGCUCUGUACAUGGCUCCUGAGGUCUUGUAUAAAAAUUACUCUAGCGCCUGAGACACCUGGUCCUUAGGAGUUAUCCUCUACAUCAUGGUCAGUGGACUCUUGCCUUUUGAAGGCUCAACAGACGCUGAAAUUGAGGAGAAUAUAAAAACUAUCAACUAUGACUUCGAAGAUGAGGUCUGGAAGGAUACAUCAGAAGAAGUCAGAGACCUAAUUUCCAAAAUGCUUGUGUUUGAAAAAGACAGGAUCACUCCCAAAGAAGCCUUGAAACAUCCGUGGCUGGGUAAAUUUUCUGAAACAAAGCAGAAUAAAGAUAAACUAUCUUACAUUGAGAAGCUUGAGGAUUUUAAAGAAUCUAAUAAUUUGAAAAAGGCAAUUCUUUCGUUCUUGGCAACCAAGGUCAAUGAUGAUGAGAUUAAGGAUGAAAUCGAGCUGUUCAAUAGUUUUGACACUAAUAAUGAUGGCUACAUUACCAAGAAAGAACUCAAAAAGGGACUUUAUAAGAUAGGUAAGAGAACAGAUGAGGAGAUCGACCAGAUCAUGGACAGCAUGGAUACUGAUAAAAAUGGGGCCAUUAACUUCAAUGAGUUCAUCUCUGCCACCCUUAACUCUGGAAUUUCGAAGGAUUAUGAGAGAAUUGUAAAAGCUUUCGAAUUCUUCGAUCUUGAUAAUGAUGGAUUAAUUGAUGAAAACGAACUCAAGAAUGCCCUGGCUGGGCAAGAAUUUGCCAAGAUUGAUGUAGGUAUUUUCCAAGAAACUAUUAAGCAAUGAGAUCUUGAUAAUGACGGUAAGAUAAGCUUUGACGAAUUCGCAAAAAUUAUGUCAGUCCGUCUUGAUAUCAUGACUAAAACUAAUAUUCGUGAAUCACUACAAUUGUCUACAGAAGAAAAUUAAUUUAUAUGCUGAUAACCAUCCAGUUUGAGGCGCAUUUCAAUUUU